AAGUUUACUUUCAAAUGUAAGUAAUGACUUUAUGUUGUAGCGUGACCUUUUUAAAGUUAUAAAACCGGUGUUAUUAUGGAUAUUUGAGGGCACGAAGCACCGCGCUAAAGCUAGCUGACCGCUGAUAUUGAUGAUGUCAUCGAACGAGAGUCACGUCCGAAAUAUUAGACACUAUUUUUUCAUCACCCUCCAUGAUACAAGCAAGAUGAAGGGAGAAGGGGAGAAUUUGAAUCUGACCAUAGUCUCAUAUAGCAAUAAUAAUUUAGGUGUUGUUAAAGCAAAAACAUAUUUUAGACAUGAUGAUUUGAAGUAGAUAAAUUAUUCAACUUAGUUCAAAAUAUCUAAGCAGAAGUUUGUUACAGCCUGAAGGCUGUAUUUAUGAUUUUUUUUUUCUCCCUUAAAUCAAACAAAGUCUUAAAGUACAUUGAAAAGUUUCAGACUUCACAAAGGGAAUUUACAUUUUCUGAAAAGUUAUGUUACUUAUAUGAACAAAGUAAAUGUUUUAUUGAAUUUUGCAUGAAAGUAAGUAAAGAAAAAUAAUUUCAAUUCAGAAGUUGUAAUUCUCAUUAGCACUUUUUUUUGCAGUGAAACAAGUGACAUUUCUGCAUGUUUAAAUAUGUUCUACAACUGUAAUCCUUUCUUGAGUCCAUUUCAUUAAUAGUUUAGUAAAUAUGAAACGGUGUCAAUGUAUUGACUCUAAGAAGUAGGCUGAAGCACUUAUCUGAAUGCACCGUCAUUUAGUUUAGUCUAGCCUUGACCUGCACCUCCCCCCUUAGAAGAAACCCCCCCAGCAUGAUAGCACAGUAAUCCAAGUGCUCACUUUACUCAAAGGGGAGGAUGCCAAAGGAGAUUCUGAAGGAUUACUAAAGAAACCCUUAAGACCAAGACAUGCCCACUUCAAGUGGGACAAUCCAUGGUGGAGUUUACCAGCAAACAGACUAUGGGCUUGUGGCUCAGUUAUGGGGCAGACACAGCAAACAGAAUGCAAGGAGGAGAUUGAUGUCAAAGCCCUUCAGGAUAUGUACAGAAAGUUUGUCAUGGAGUGUCCAAGUGGAGUACUUUUUCUGCACGAGUUCAAGCGCUUUUUUGGCGUGGACCCAACAGGAGAAGCAUCCGACUACGCAGAGAGCAUGUUCCGUGCUUUUGACAAAAACGGGGACAAUACAAUUGAUUUCCUAGAGUUUGUUGCAGCUUUGAAUCUAGUUUUCCGUGGGGACUUGGAGCAUAAGCUACGCUGGUCGUUCAAGGUGUACGACAAAGACGGCAAUGGUUUUGUGGACAGGUCUGAGCUACGGUCAAUAAUUGAUAGCAUUUACCGGAUAAAGAAAUGUUCAAAAUCCGAUCUGACGGACACACAGAUUUCAGUCGAUGCUGCUGUGGAUCGAAUCCUAGAAGCUGUCGACACUGAUAAUGAUGGUUGCGUCAGCAUGGAGGAGUUCAUAAAAGGCGCCCAGGCUGACCCCUGGGUGCUAAAAAUGUUGAGCCUUGACAUGAACCCUGCAGGAUGGGUGCUGGAAAACAGGAGAAAGAGUGCACAUUUCUGAAGAGGCGAAGCAGUUUGUUUGAAGUCCACAAGAAUCUUGACGAAAACCUGAAAACUGUUCAAGAAUAUCCAACGAGGAUUUAAAUCAUGUUUUUCUUUUUUUUUUUACAACGUCUGAUUGUAAAAUUCUACAAAUAUUCUAUUUGUCUCUAGCAAUUAUCUCAAGUUAAUCACUAUCAUGAGAAAAUGUAUAUUUGCAUUGUGAAAACACAAUUACUCUAAAUGUCCUCUCUGCAUUAAUGCUUUAGUUAUUUUUAUUUUUGGCUUGAAAUAUAAUGCAACAGCCUUUUUAAUAUAAAGUGUCAAUGUGUAAAAUAUGAAAUUUUAUAAUGCCUUCUUGACAUUCUUAUGUUUUUUACAGUUUCAAGAAUGUAUGUAUUUUGCUUUGUUUUCAUGCAGUGACUCUGAUAUUCAUUAAAGUAUAAUUCUAAUGCUAUCAAUUUAACUCAAUUUCCAUUUAAAAAGUAUACCCUUGUGUGUUGUUUUUGUGCUUGAAAUAUUCUAUAAGUUAGAGUGAAUAAACAUUAAGCAUCGGAGAAAACUCAAGGUUCUCAAGUUUCGAUGGUACCAGCAUGUCUCUGCAUCCCAUAGGAGUUAGAUCAGAUGGCCUUCCUCUACUGCAAUGUUUUUGCUGUGUGCUUUAAGUCAUCUCCCAGUUGGAGUAUUCUGACAAUGGGUUGCAUUUUUU